CGUACACAGUAGGAACUUGAAAUGUAGUUCAAAAGGCGAAAUGACACUGUUGAGUUAUCGCAGUAGGUAAUGCGGUAAGAACUACAUUGACCAAAAAGAAAGUGUACUCGUUUCCGGUCUGGAGGUCUAGGUUGUUAUCAAAGCAGAAGUCACUCGAAAAGGAUUAGCUAGCCUGCUAGCAACUGAAACCUGUUCAGAUGUUGCUGUAAAUGAACUACUUUGAAGAGCGCCACCAGAUUGAGCAAGUAUUAGUGCUGAAACCCCAGCUGUUGCCAUGGCAAUUCUGUUUGCUGUGGUGGCUCGUGGCACCACCAUCCUGGCCAAGCAUGCAUGGUGUGGUGGGAAUUUCUUGGAAGUUACUGAACAGAUUUUAGCCAAAAUCCCUUCAGAAAAUAACAAGUUGACCUACAGUCACGGCAGCUAUCUCUUUCAUUACAUCUGCCAUGACAGAAUCAUAUACCUGUGUAUCACUGAUGAUGACUUUGAGAGGUCACGUGCAUUCAGCUUCCUCAGCGAGGUCAAGAAGCGUUUCCAGACCACGUACGGGUCACGAGCUCAAACAGCCCUACCAUAUGCCAUGAACAGCGAGUUUUCCUCAACACUGGCAGCUCAGAUGAAACACCACUCAGACCCACGUGGAUCAGAUCGUGUCACUGAGUCUCAAAUGCAAGUUGAUGACCUGAAGGGUAUCAUGGUCCGCAACAUAGACUUGGUAGCUCAGAGAGGAGAGAAGCUGGAGUUGCUGAUUGAUAAGACAGAAAAUCUGGUUGAUUCUUCAGUCACAUUUAAGACCACAAGUCGAAAUCUUGCACGAGCCAUGUGUAUGAAGAACCUUAAGCUGACUGUCGUCAUUGUGCUUGUGUGCCUGGUGGUCCUGUAUAUCAUUGUCUCUGCAUCAUGUGGAGGCCUGAGCUGGCCCUCUUGUGUCAAAAAAUGAAAGCAGGGUGGAGGUUAAGCAACAAAGGACAUGGAGGGGAAACGGCUGUUGAACUCUGCUUGCCAAAGGACACAAGAGGAAACACAAAUUUCCUUGCUUUGCUCCUCUAGUUUCAACAUCCCUGGAAAACACUUGCUGCUCCUCCUGCCCUCUUCGUUGCUCCCUAUUUGAUAGUGUGCAAAUUAACUUGCCUUCUGGACAGGGAGUCCCGCCUCAGACCCACACUAAUGGACAGUAGCCAUGUGGCCUAAAACCAAUGUGGAACAAUAGCACUGUCUUAUAGUCUGGCACAUUUAUUCUGUCCCAUGCACUCAAUCAAUUUGUAAGACCGUCUUGAAUCUGUCUAUAUAAUUGAUUGACCAUUAAAACUGGUGAUAGAAUAACCAUAAAGAUAAAUAAAAUUGUUGCCCAAAUUGUGUUAUGUCAGCAGCGACAUGAAGCUGCAAGGUAGCAUUUACUGUGUGUGGAAGAUCUACAUAGAAAGAUUAUCAUUACAGUGUCUGGACCUGUUUAUUAACUUAAAACCAAUUUCCUGACUAAACCGAUGCAGUAUACAAUAUUUUGAUUUACAGUUUAUCACAAAGCACAGUAUCUUCCAGAAUUUAUGUAAAUGGAUGUAAUUAUACAAAUAAUUAUAGUCAAUUUGGUUCAUUAUUAUUAUUAUUAUUAUUAGGUUUCUUUAACACAAGCCUGUUUUUUUAUAACAUAGUUUACGAUCCCCUGCCUAUGGUAAAUAUAGUUACUUUAAUUUGCCUUUUAUUUGUACUGGGGUAUUCAGAGUGCCCAUCGGUUCUAUUAACUCAAUGCACUUUUUACUUUGUACAUAGAUUCGCUUCCUGCCAUCAUAUGGUUUACAGUCAUGUAAUUAUUUAAUUAUUGUACAUUCAGAUUUGAAAUAAUAAAACAUGAUGGUAUCUGGUGGUUGACCUCUCUAA